CGCCAGUCCCGGUUCCAGCCCGCGCCCGCGGCACGCACGCGCACUGCGCCCAGCAUGAGGGUCGCGGCUCUGAUCAGUGGUGGCAAGGACAGCUGUUAUAAUAUGAUGCAGUGCCUUGCUGCUGGGCAUCAAAUUGUUGCUUUAGCGAACCUGAGACCAGCUGAAAAUCACGUUGGGUCAGAUGAACUGGAUAGCUACAUGUAUCAGACAGUGGGUCAUCAUGCCAUUGACUUGUAUGCAGAAGCCAUGGCUCUUCCCCUCUAUCGCCGAACCAUAAAAGGAAGGAGUGUGAAUACUGAACGAGAGUACACCAAAUGUGAAGGCGAUGAGGUUGAAGAUCUCUAUGAGCUUUUGAAACUUGUUAAGGAAAAAGAAGAAGUAGAGGGAAUAUCAGUAGGUGCUAUACUUUCUGACUAUCAACGUGUUCGAGUAGAAAAUGUGUGUAAAAGGCUUAAUCUCCAGCCUCUAGCUUACCUUUGGCAGAGAAACCAGGAAGAUUUGCUUCGAGAGAUGAUAUCGUCUAACAUUCAAGCAGUGAUCAUCAAAGUAGCAGCUUUUGGUUUAGAUCCAGAUAAGCAUCUUGGAAAAACCCUGGAUCAAAUGGAGCCUUAUCUCUUAGAGCUUUCUGAGAAGUACGGAGUCCAUGUUUGUGGAGAAGGUGGAGAAUAUGAAACGUUCACUUUGGAUUGCCCUCUAUUUAAGAAGAAAAUAAUUGUGGAUUCCUCUGAAGUAGUCACACAUUCAGCCGAUGCGUUUGCACCCGUAGCCUAUCUGCGCUUUUUGGAAAUGCACUUGGAGGACAAGGUGUUCCCGGCGCCUGACAACAACAGAACGUCUAAUUAUGUACAUAAUUCUUGAAAAGCGUUUUGCACGUGAUUGACUAAGCUACCAUUUCUAUUUGAAAGCAUCCCAUGACAUUUUCUCAAUUAUUUUGGCCAGAUUCUUCUUACUACAGUUGUUUUGUUUUGUUUUGUUUUUUGCUUUUGGUUAUUUACAAAUGUAUACCUUCAUCAGAUGAAGUUAAUGGAACCAUGGGUUCAUUGGGGAAAUGUGUCUUGUUUCAUUAUUAGUACUGCCGGCUUCCUAGGAUUCACUCUUUCUCUGUCUUUUGUUAAUACAUCCUCCUCAUCUAUAAAAAAACUAUGUGAUAUAUGAAUUAUGAUCGAUGUGAUACAUGCAUUUUUUUUUUUUUUACCUCAUAUCCAACACUCAUUUCUGCAGCCUUUUUUCACUUUCGUCACAGUGGUUUCUUUUCCUCCUUCCCUCUUUCUUUUUCCCAUCUCUGCCCCUAAUAUCAUGAUGCAGAGGCAUUUGAAAAUGAAGACGGGAAGGCAAUCACUUCAUUUAGCCAAUCAAGCUUCUUCUAGUGGGUGUCACCAAAGUGAUGUAUCAUUUUUGUUUUGAAUGUAUUCAUUAUCGGUUAAUCAGGAAAAAUAUCGACUCAUUGUUUUAUAGUUGAUAACAAAAUGCAAUUUUUUAGUAUUGUGCUGAUGUUAAAAUAACUUUCUUUUAUCUUCAAUGUUAUAACUUAAUAUGGUAAAUGUUACCUCAGAACUGUUUUUGUAGCAAAUAACAGGCUGUAAGGUGGCAAGCUUAUUGCAGCAACCAGAAGUUUUAUACCCUCUUGGUGUGAAUCCAGAGGGAAAUAGUUUUUUUUCCCAGAAAUCCUAUUGCACCUCAGUGACUUUGGAUUAAUUACCAUGUCCCUCCAUAAGUCAGUCACAGGGUCCACCGCAGAGUGCUGGCCAAGUCACCAGCCGUAACCCUGAGCCUACCCAGGUAGUAGAGAAAAUGAUUCUCCAGAGGAAAAACAAAGUUUGGUUACCAAAAGAAAAAUGAAUAGAUGCUAAAGAACAAAACUAACAAACACUAACCCACAAAACUACAUUGCCAUUUCAAACACAGAUUAGGAGUCCUCCCCAAAUAACAGUGAUGCCUAGACUGAACAACCUUGAAUACUGCUCUGAAAUCUGUAUCUCUUCCCCAAAUUGCUUCAGUUUCCAUUUGCUCUAUAACAUAUUCUCAGUCCAGUUUGAUCUCACUUUACAUUGAUGAAAUUCUGUUGGUCAUUUUGCAUCCUCAUAAUCUUUUUCUUUGAUAAUAUUGGCCACCAUCUCCUUCUUGAAAUUUUCCCCCGUAAUACUUACAUACCACUGUACUAUUCUGACUUUUUUCUACUGCUCUCAAGGUUUCUUCUCUCUUGUUCAGUAUCUUCUCUUCUUACCUUCCACAUGUACAUAUGCCUCAAGUUCUAUUUAUGGUUCCUUUUUUUUCCCAAUGUUUUUCUUUCUGGAAUUUUCCCACAAUUUUAGUUACUGCCUCUGUGCAGAUGAUCCACAAAUCACUGUUUCCAGCCUAUCUAGUAAUCCCUCUUCUUUCUCCUUAACUCUACAUGCUUAUUUCUGACUAGUUGUUUGACAUGGCAGCCAGUACAUCUCAGUUUUAAUAUGUACAGACCUUGAACUCAUUAUCCCCUCCAGUUGUACUUUUCCCCAUUUUUGUUAUUUAACCCAGCUGUUUUCCCCCUGAGUAACUGAGGCACAGAAUAUUGGCGUCAUCCCUGACAGCUCUCUCUCAAUUACCGUCGACAUUCAAUUGGUUACCUAAUCCUUCAUGUUCUAGUGCUAGAUGGCUCUCGCACCAUUCCAUCCUCAUGCCCUCACUAAAGUUAUAUCUUGCCCAAGAGUUUAGGCAAGAUACAGCUUCUUUAAGUGGCCUCCUUACUUUCAUUCUCUCUCUGUUCGAUUCCACUGACAUAUUAAGUUUCUUUCUGGUUUUCAGCUUCCUGCACAAAACCCCACAAUACUGCUAAAUUUUCUUCAAAAUAAAAAUAUUUAACAGUGGCUUGAAGGCCACCUGACAUGUUCCUUUAACAUCCUUUUUCAGUCUUGUUCCAGUAACUCCCCUGCAUGUAUCCUUUGCUCCAGUAAUACUGAACCAUUAAAUACCCCCUUACUAGGCCCUGGUGGCACAGUAGUUAAGAGAUUGAGUGCUAACCAGAAGGUCAGCAGUUCGAAUCCACCAGCCACUCCUUGGAAACCCUUUGGGGGCAGUUCUACUCUGUCCUAUAGAGUCAGUAUGCGUCGGAAUCGACUCAACAGCAAUGAGUUUGGUUUUUUGUUUUAAUUUAUUUUUUUAAUACCCUCAGCUACUACAUUUGUUUGCCUUUGCUUGUUGUAUUUUAUCUGCCUUCCUUUUUUCUUCCCGUCCUUUAACUGUUUGCAUCCUGCCCAUGAUGCAAGACUGACCUCAAAUACUCUCAUACAUUUAGCCACAUACAGGUGAAUUGCCUUAGCCCUUUGUUUCUCUCUUUCUUGUGACUACUAUAUUUAUUCACCUUUAUAUUAGAGUUGUUUGAGGGCAUGUCUUAUUAUUUCUUCUAAGUUGUAAAUUUCUUGAGGACUGAGAUUGUUUCUUUUUCAUCUUCAUACCCUUUGUAACAGCUGUUAGUUCAAAUAAAAAUUUUUGAAUUUAACUGAUUAUUUGUUACUGUCCAUUAUUUUUUCUUUUUACAGACUCUUUUAAUAGACAUGUACAUCCAUUUCAUUUGGCAUAUCAUUUAAUGACAGUCACUUGCUUAUUUUUCUAUCUCAUUAGAGAAAAAUGCACCAACCAAACUAGAAUAUAAAAUGCAGCUUUUAGAGAGGUUGUUAGUAUAAAUUUUUAGUUAUCACUGAGAUUUUUCAUUUUAUAUAUGAUAACCCUUAAACUUUUCUAUUAAAUAAUUGAUCUAUUUGAAUUUUACCUUUAAGUAAAAUCUUAAUUUAUUUCUGAGUAUAAAACUGAUAUCAACUAAACAUGGAAUCCCAAACAAAAUAGCUGAAUAAUGGAAAGCUCUGGGUUAAAAAUGGGGAAAUAUAUUAAAAUUUCUUAGGGGCCCUGACUUCAUUGCUUAUGGCAAAAUUGAUGCUAAAAUAUACCAUAUAUCACUACAAUGACAAGCUUGAGAAAAUGAAAAAUACAAAGCUUUACAUAAAUCAACCGAAAGAUCAUAUUAAAAUGUAUAACCUUUUACAGAGGAAUCAAGAUUUUUACUUUUAACUAUUCAGAAGCUGUUCUGCCUUAAGUAGCUGAUUUUCAAACAGCUUAUGGGAAAUCAUAUUUCAGAUUGUUGACAAAGCCAUUGUAUUUUUAAUGGGACAGGGUUCACAGAAACUUAGCCCCAGUUUUACUGAUGUACCCUGCUAUCACUUAGUGCUUAAUUUUUAAUUUUGUUGAUAUAAUUUCAUGAGUACUAACGUACCCUAUGAGCCCUGGUGGCAUAGUGGUUAAGAGUUCAGCUACUAAUCAAAAGGUAAGCAGUUUGAAUCCACCAGGCACUCUUUGGAAACCCUAUGGGGCAGUUCUGCUCUGUCCUGUAGAGUCACUAUGAGUCAGAAUUGGCUCAACGGCCGUCGGUUUUUUUUUUUUUUUUCAUGUACCCUGUUAUCACUUGGAAACCCUGGUGGCAUAGUGGUUAAGAGCUAUAGCUGCUAACCAAAAGUUUGGCAGUUGGAAUGCACCAGGCGCGCCUUGGAACCCUGUGGGGCAGUUCGACUCUGUCCGAUAAGGUUGCUAUGAAUCAGAAUCAAAUUGACAGCAACGGGUUUGGUUUUGUUGUUGUUGCUGUUGGUAUUAUCACUUAGUCCUUAAUUUUGUUUUUUAUGGAAAUAAUUUCAUGGGACAAUUAUGUGUAUUUUUUAUAUAAUUAUAAAAGCUCACAUUCUUAAAAGUUGUAAAUGUUGAGCAAUACCAUUGGUCUCAGAGUCCAUUCUUUGCUCUUGCAGAUUAUUUUGCUUUAUUUCAGAAAUAUCAAAUAUUUUGAGAAACUUUAUAACAUUAAACUAUCCUUGUACUUUUAUUUUUCUGUUCAAUUUGACAAAUACCUAUAAGCAUCUGCCUUGUUUUAAGAACUGUGUGGGUCUACAUGGGGUUCACUAUAAAUAUGGGCAAAUUACAGAAAAAUUCCAACUUUAAGUUGAAGUAAUUAUCAGUAAUUACAGUGAAAGUUAUCCCUCGUUUGGCUAAUCUGAACUAAAGUUAUGACCCUAAUGUAUAUUUUAUGCUCCUCUUUUUCUAAAAACUAGUGAUAGAAGCAGGGACCUUACAUAUUUAUUCAUGUUUAAAUGAGAAUAGUAAGAGAUGGGGCAUAUAAUCACAAAAACCCAUUGCCAUAGAGUCAAUUCUGACUCAUAGUGACCCUAUAGGACAGACUAGAAUGGUCCCAUAGGGUUUCCAAGGAGUGCCUAGUAGAUUUGAACUGCCAGCCUUUUGGUUAGCAGCUGUAGCACUUAACCACUGUGCCACCAGGGCUCUUACAAUCAUAAGACUGAUAAUAUUGGUUUCUUUGAGGGGGAAGACUGGAAAGAGGAAAACACAGGAAGCUUAAUUCUUUACGUAUCUGUAACUCAUUUUUUAAUUUGAAAAAUAUUUGAUAAAGAAAAUUAACAGAGAGGAUAAUGAGUUUCUAGUGCUAAAUAAAUUUUAUUCUAGAAGGUUUUAGCAGUCUAGGUGACAAGAGACAUAUUAGGGCCCUUAAAAACUUUCCAUAGAACUCACAUGAAAGCAGUAUCCACAAGUCAAAGUUGAAAUCUAGUUAACCCUAAAGUACAAAAUCUUAACAGAGACUCCUAGGAAUAGUAUAUGAAUCAAAGAUGCCUAAAAGUUCUGUGAUGGCUGGCCUCCUUAGUAUGUCCUGCACCGAAAUUUGCUCUAACUGCGCAGAGCUACCUGCAUAAAUUCAGCAGUCUCCUCCAUGGAGAUAUGGCUGCCACUGUCUCUAUUAACCAAAGCCAAACCAGGUGCCGUCGAGUCAGUUUCUUCUCAUGGCAACCCCAUGUGUGCAGAACAGAACUGCGCUCCACAGGGUUAUCAAGGCUGUGAACUUGCAGAAGCAGAGCACCAGGUUUUUCUUCCUCGGUGCCUGUGGGUGGGUUUGAACUGGCACCCUUUCGGGUAUUAGUUGAUUUAACCGUUUGAGCCACCCAAGGACUCCUACUAUCUCUACAACCAAAAAAAAAGGCAUUGCUGUCGAGUCAGUUCUGACUCAUAGCAACCCUACAGGACAGAGUAGUAUUGCCCCAUAGGUUUUCCAAGGAGCGGCUUUUUGAAUUCGAACCGCAGACCUUUUCGGAUAGCAGCCAAGCUCUUAACCGCUGCCGCACCAGGGCUCCACUAUCUCUAUGCCACCUCAAAAACAUUCCCCAACAAAUGGGACAACACCCUUUGCUAUCAAGUUGAUUCUGAUUCAUAGCAACCCUGUAGGACAGAGUAGAACUGCACCAUAGGGUUUCGGUUUCUGAGGAGUAGCUGAUGGAUUCAAACUGCCGACCUUUUGGUUAGCAGCCAAACGCUUAACCACUGCACCACCAGGACCCCAAAUGGGGCAGAGGAAGGGGAUAAAUGAUGACUUUUACUCACCAACUUUUGGUUCAGCACUACCUUAUUUUUUGUCCACCUUUGCCAUCAGGCUAAAGAGCAGAAAAACAGAUUUGAUAAGAAGGAGCAAGGCACUUAGAGUUUAAAACCAAAACCUAAAUAAUAUGACUUGGGCUAGGAUUGUUCUUGGGACUUAGGUACCACUUGACCACUGAUGCUGCAAAUGGUCACUGGGGCAGGUUAUUAAAUCAAGAGUCAAAUACGUAUAAAUUUAGAAGGCUUCUUGACUCAUUUCUGUCCCUAGUGCAUGGACGUCAGUAGUAGUAACAGCAUACACCUGUAUCCAGAAGUCAGGAAACAAACUGGGCAGAGGAGGAGUGUUCUCGUACCCUAAACUGUGGGAGACUUAUCCCUUAGGGGAGAGUAAUAACAAAAAUAACCAAUCAAUUGAUUUCCGUCUCUGCUUUCAAAUUCUAAUUGACUAUUUUUUAACUCAUUAUUUAAUUGUUAUAGUAUACUUUGCACCUUUUGUUGUUAUUAUUGAUGCUGUCAUUGUUUUAAGAAAUAAAGUUUCUGAUUAGUGUUUUCAUAAAGUUUCCAUUGCAUACUAUUUAUUCAUUUAACAGGUAUUUAUUAAGUGUGUACUACUAUUAGCCUGGAAACCGUGGUGGCAUAGUGGUUAAGAGCUACGGCUGCUAACCAAAAGAUCAGCAGUUCAGAUCCACCAGGUGCUCCUUGGAAACUCUAUGGAUUUAGUUUUACUCUGUCCUAUAGAGUCGCUGUGAGUCGGAAUCGACUCGAUGCCAGUGCGUUUGGUUUUUGGUUUACUAUUAGACUGGCGGUGUUUGGACACUGGAGAUACAAUGAAUUGAACAGCCAAAAAAUAUUGCCUGCAUCGAGCUUACUUCCAAUGGAGUGAGACAGACAAACAAAUAAAUAAAAUAUAUAGGAUGAAGGGAUGAUGGGAGAGUUGUCAUACUGCCCACUGACAUGGGGAUUGCAUCUUAAGGGAUAAGUAUGAUCUGGGAAUUCUGUGAUUCAUGUGGUGAAAGAUUUAACCCCAGAUUGAGAGUAAAAAAAUGAAUCCUUUUGGACUCAAGCCAGAUGGUAGUACUGAGCUAUUAGUGUUUGGGGAAGGGGAAAGGGCUAAGAGUCAUCAGGAGAGUGUAAACCCAGCCAGUGAUUUAGUGAACUGGAAGAUAGGCUAAAAGAAAAUAUUCAGAAUGAAGCAUGGAGAGAAACAUAAAAAAUAUACAUUAGAAAUAGGACACAUAGAAAAAGUAAGAAGGUUGAAAAUACAGGGAAUUAGUGUCAGAAAGAGAAGAGAGGGAUAAUGGGAAAGAUGCAAUAUUUAAAAAUACAAUGGCUGAAAUUCUGUUCUGCAGUUUCUGCCCUUUGAUUCAGAUUCUUCCAUAGAAUCUCUCACUAAAAUAUACCCAGACUUUCUGGAGCCAUAUGGGCUGGGUGAACCCCCAAAACUAUUGCUCUAAAAUGACCUUUAAACCUUAAACCUCAAAUUCUAAAGUCUUCUUAAAACCAAACAGUAGUUUAGCUUAACUAGUAAAGAAUGUCUGCUUUGUGCAUUGUGCUCUUUUAAGAUCUAUCUAUAUGGGCACAAAUUGAGAAUAGGAACUCAAAACAUUAGAUAGGAACCCUAGAGGGCAGUGAGUUUAUAUUAAUGGAGGAGGAGCAAUUUGGAAAAGGAGAGUGAAAAUGUUGCACAAUUUAGAGAAUGUAAUCAAUGUCACUGAAUUGUGCAUGUAUAAAUUGUUGAAUUGGUAUGUGUUCUGUGUAUAUUAUCAACAACAACAACAAAAAUAAAAUCUGUUUUUAAAUAAGAUGGAAAAAAAAAAAGAUAAUGACUGAGAACUUUCCAGAAUCAAUGAGACACACCAAGUUACAGAGUCAAGAAGUUUUAUGAAUCUCAAACAAAAAAGAGAUCCAUAUCUGAGCACAUCAUGGUAAAAUUGUUGAAAAUAAAGGACAAAGAAAAGAUUUUAAACAGCCAAAGUUGGUUAGAGUGAAACCUAGCUUUUCUGUGGAAAAAUUAGAGCAAAAAGAAUGGAAUCAUAUAUUUUAAAUGCUAAAUGAAAAUGCCUGCCAUCCUAGAAUUCUAUACCCAGAAGAAGAUCCUUCAAGAAUAAAAGUGAGGGAACUUUCAGGGAUUAUAAUAAUACAUUUGUCAAAACUCACUGAAUGGUACAAGUAUGGUGUAUCCAUUUUCCUGUAUGUAAAUUUUUCCUCAAGAUAUAUACAAAAUAUGGACUCUAGUUAAUAACAUGCAUAAUGAAGUAUUUAGGAAUAAACCAUACUGUUUGCAACUUAGUUUGAAAUACAUCAAAAAUAUAAACUGUAUCAAUGGUGAAUGUAUGAGUAGAUAGUUACAUGAUAAAACAAACAGAGCAAAAUGAUAAUUGUAGACUUUAGGUGGUGGAUAUAUUGGUGGUCAUUGUCAAAUUGUUUCAGCUUUUCUAUAUGUUUAAAAUUUUUCUUAAUAAAAUAUUGGGAAAAAUAAAAGUGAAGUUAAGAAAUUUUCAAACAAAAACAGAAAACUCAUACUAGCAGACCCACAUCAAAAGAUACAAAGCAAUGUUAAGGGAGAAAAAUAAUCCCAGAUGAAGGUCAGAGAUGCAGGAAGGAUCUAAGAGCAAUGAGAUGGGUAAACAUGGAAAAAUCUAAAUGAAUAUUGUCUGCGUAACAACAGUGUAAUAUCUCUUGAAGUUUAAAGUAUACACAGCAUAUAAAAUAACACUUCAUGUAAGUCAGGGGAUAGGGAAAUGAAGUUAAAUGGUUAAAGACUUUGUAUUCCUUACUAGGAAGGCAGGCACCGUGGUGGCACAGGGUCUAAAAGCUUGACUGCUAACCAAAUGCUUAGAUUAUAAAUCAAGAAAACAUAAACUCUAGGAUAUCCACUAAAAUAAUAUAAAUGGGUAUAACAUGCAAUCUAAUGAAGGCGGAAAUGUAAUAAUAUAAAAAACAAUUUUUAAAAAGGCAACAUAAAAGAGUGAAAGAAACAACAGGUAGCACAAACAGAAAUCAUAUGGCGUGAUUAUGGAUUUAAACACAUAUAUUGCUAAUUGCAUUAAGUAUAAAUGCUUUAAACAUUCCAGUUAAAAGACAAGGAAUAUCAAAGAACAUAAGUACGCAUAAAAAAAAAAUCAAACACUUUGGAAGAGGUGCAGCUAAAAAUAGGGUAUAGAAAGUUUGAAAGUAAAAGGAUGGGAAAACAUGUGCCAUGCAAACACUAGGCAAAAGAACUUAUGUAACUUUUAAUAAAAGACAAAACAUGCUUUAAGAUGAAAAGCAUUACUAUAAAGUGCACUUCAUAAUGUUAUAAGAAACAAUUCACCAGGAAAAUGUAACAAUUUUAAAUUUGUAUGCUUGUAAUAGUAUAGCCUCAAAACAUGUGUAACAAAAAUUGGCAGCGCAAUAGGGAGGAAAUUGACAAUUCUAUAGUCAUUGUGAGAGAUUUUCACGUACCUCUCUCAAGUAUAGAUAGAAAAAACAGGCAAAAAACAAAAAAAGUCUUUAGGAAUACGUUAAAACAGCACAAUUAGCAAACUUGACCCAAUGGGCAUAGAGAAACACUACACCCAACAACUGCAGAACACAUAUUCUUUUCAAGCAAACUAGAAGUUACUUUAAAAAAUGACCCUAUCCAGGAAACCCUGGUGGUGUAGUGCUUAAGUGCUACAGCUGCUAACCAAAAGGUUGGCAGUUUGAAUCCACCAGACGCUCCUUGGAAACUAUUGGGCAGUUCUACUCUGUCCUACAGGGUCACUAUGAGUCGGAAUCGACUUGAUGGCAUUGGGUUUUUUGUUUUUUUUUUAAUCCAGAGCCAUAAAACAAGUCUACAAAGUUUAAAGAAUUGAAAUUAACAGGAAAUACCCUCAUACCACAAUAAGAUUAAGCUAUCAAUCAGUCACAAGAAAGAUAGCUAAACGUUCUUCAAGUCUGUAGAAGUUAAGCAAUAAAUUUUUAAAUAAUCCAUAAUACAAUAAGUAAAUACCAAAGGAAACUAAUAAAAAAUUUAACCAAAUAAUAUUGAAAAAUCUGACAUGUCAAAACAUGAGAAAAGAAAUAACAUUAAAGGAGUACUGCUAGUGAAAUUUACCUUCAAAUAUAUACGUUACAUACGAAGAAAGGCUGAAAAUCAAUGAGCAAUCAUCUUUAAAAGUUAAAAAAAAAAAAGAAUAGCAAUUUUUGCCAAAAGAUACCCAGAAGAAAAUGUAAGGAUAAAAAGAAAUUGAUUAAAUAGUAAACAUAUAAUAGAGAGGUCACCAAAGCCAGGGAUUGAUUCUUGGAAAUGACUAAAAUCUAUCAAUCCCUGACAACACUGACCAAGAUAAAAAGAGAGAAGGCACAAAUAUGCAAUACCAGAAAUUUAAAAACAGAGGUCAUGACUCCUUCAGAUGUUAAAAAAAAAAAAAAAAAGAAUAUUGCUCUAUAACCACAUUGUUGUGGAUUGAAUUGUGCCCCCCCCAAAAUUCAUGUGUCAACUUGGUUAGGCCGUGAUUCCCUGUAUUGUGUGGUUGUCCUCCAUUGUGUGAUUGUAAUUUUAUGUUAAGAGGAUUAGGGUGGAAUUGUAACACCACCAUUACUCAGGUCACCUCCCUGAUCCAGUGUAAAGGGAGUUUUCCUGGGGUGUGGCCUGCACACAGAUGAAAGGGAAGCAAGGAGAGAGUUGGGGACCUCAUGCCACUAGGAAAGCAGCACCAGGAGCAGAGCAUGUCCUUUGGACACAGGGUCCUUGUGCGCCUGAGAAGCUCCUCAACCAGGGGAAGAUUGAGGACAAGGACCUUCCUCCGUAGCCAACAGAGAGAGAAAGCCUUUCCCUGGAGCGGACGCCCUGAAUUUGGACUACUAGACUGUGAGGAAAUAAAUUUCUCUUUGUUAAAGCCGUCCACUCAUGGUAUUUCUGUUAUGGCAGCACUAGAUGACUAAGUCACACGUUAAGUCAAUAAACUUGAAAACCUAGAUGAAAUGGAAAAAUCCCUUAAAAAAAAAAAAAAACUUUGACACCAGAAAAAAUAUGGCAAAUCUUAAUAGAUCCAUAGUUAUUAAAGAAAUUAAGUCUUUUAUUAAAAACCUUACACAGUUCCAGGCCUAGAUGUCUUCAUGUGUAAAUUUUACCAAGGAUUUAAGGUGCAAAAUGCCAAUUUUAUAAAAACGUUUCCAGAAGGCAAGAGGGAAAUCAUGAGGCUUGCGUAGCGUAGAUUUUGGUGAGUAUAACCAACAUUUUUGUUGAAAAUGUUUUGGAAAGGGUGAUUGUGCGUCCUUUCAGUGUUAUUCUGGAGCAUUGUGGAACAGGCGCUCCCUAAGAUUAUUUAAGUCUCUGGAGAAUGAAACUUUGUUUGACCUAACUGGUGGCCGUCGAAUCUAUUCUGGCUCAUGACAACUCCAUGCCCCAUAGGGUUUUCAAUGGCUGACUUUUCAGAAGAUCACCAGGAAUUUCUCCCAAGGCAUCUCUGGGUGAACGCAAGCCUCCAACCUUUCCGUUAGCAGGCAAGCAGAGAAACCGUUUCUUUGACUUACUAUUCACUUAUUAAGGCCCAGACUCUAUGAAGUCAGUUACUAAUAGAUUUUUGUUUGGUAGGAAUGUGAAUGAUUUUGUUAGAUAGAUAGAAGAAAUAACCCCCAAAGUUAUGAUGUUAUUGCCCUGUGGGACAUUUACGAGUUGCGUAUCUGUCCAUCGAUCUUACCCUGACGUUCUUUCAUUAUGUAUGUAUUUUUUCUCAGAUUCUCUCGGAACCAGCUUUACUCAAUGGAUUAAUUAAAUCUUUACUGCUAUUUGAUGCAUGUUCAAUCUGUACAUUGGACUCAUGUUUCUAACUUUUAAGAAAAUAUACUUCAGGAAGGCCCUCAAUGAGAUGGAUUGACACAGUGGCUGCAAAAAUGGGCUCAAGCAUAACAACGAUUGUGAGGAUGGCACAGGACCAGGCAGUGUUUCAUUCUGCUAUAUAUGGAGUCACUAUGAGUAGGAACCAACUCAAUGACACCUGCCAACAACAGUAUUCCAUUGUUAUAUAUAUUUACACCACAUUUUGUUUAUUCAUCUGUUGAUGGACAUUUAGGUUGUUUCUGCAUUUCAGCUAUUGUGAAAAUUGGUGCAAUGAAAAAAUAUAUAUAUACUUGGAGAUAAUUAAACCCGAUAAUGAUAGUAAGAAAAAGGAAAAUUGUAAGUCAACCUUCCAUGUAAACAUAGAUUUAAAAAUCAUUCACCAAAUUCCGUCAAAUUGAAUUAUGACCAAAUUGGGUUAUUCGAUGGAUGCAAGUCUGGUUUUUAGCAUCUGAAAAUCGAUCAAUGCGUUCACUGUGUCAACACACGGAAUAACCCAACUUGGUCGAGAUGAAUUAUCACCAGAUUCAAUCUGAUAGUAUCUUGAGUUUAAGGAAAAGGUAAGGGUGCCUGAAAUCACCACUUCUAUAUAACUAGUGGCACAGUGGGAAAGUCAAGAAAAAUAAAUAACUAAGUUAGGGAAAGGUAGAAUGCAAACUAUCAUUAUUUGCAGAUGAUGACUGUAUAAACAGAAAAUACAAAACGAAACUUACACAUACAUUCUUGGAAUUAAUACUGCAUUUAGCAAGGUCUCUGGAUACAAGGUUAAUUGAUAAAAAUGGUUUUACUUAUGUAUACCAAGAUGUAUUUCGAAAGCAAACCAGGCUGCCUUUCACUUAAUGUUGAGCGAGCUCAGGAGAGUGUCCUAACCUCUCUUGCCUCAGUUUCCUCAUCUGUAAAAUAAUACUGUAUUUUACUGAUUCUAAGCCAUACUUUUUUUUUCAUAUUUUGACACCUUUGAAAUUAUGAUAUGUGUUACAACUUAUGUUGUCUUAGACUUCCUGAAACAGGGUAACAUAUACCUUAUAAGGUGCUUUUGAAAAUUAAACUCGUAAAUAAACUUAAGGUACUUACAACAGUGCCUGGCACUUACCAAAUGUUCAGUAAAUGCUGGCUUUAAUUAUGGCUUGCUUCUAUUAUGUUUUCUAAGAAUUCAGUGUCUCCAUAAAGUUUUUAAUUUUUUAUAAAUUCAUUUUAUAAAACUUCCUUACAAAAUGUUAUUUCUAUUACCUUUUUAGUUGAUUCUCUAGGAUUUCACAAGAAUAUAUACAGCAAUUCAGUUUGAAUAUUUAUACAUCUAGUUUCUUUGAAGUUUCAUUCUUUUCUAGUACCUAAAGAACAGUUAUAAUUGCAGUGAUAAAGCAACGAUAACAAUAAUGAUGAUGAUAAUGAGAGCCAGCGCUAAUGUUUGUAUUCCAGCUUACUGUAUACCAGACACUUCUCUAAGCGUUUACCAGUGGAUUCCAUUGCCUUUUUCUUUUUAAUGCCAAUAGCUAAGUUACAGGGUAUCAUCUCAGUGAAAUAUUAUGCAGCCCUUGAAAAUAUUACUUAUAAAACCAAAAAUAAAACCCACUGCUGUUGAGAUGAUUACUAAUUCACCAGUCGCCAUCGAAUCCAUUCUGACUCUUGGUGACCCCAGUAUGUUUCAGAGCGGCACUGUGCUCCACAGACUUUUGAGUGACUGUACAUUUUCAGAAGUAGAUCACCAGCCAGGCCUUUCUUCUAAGGUGCUUCUGGGUGGAUUUGAACCACAGCCUUUCAGUUAGUAGUCAAAUGUUUAGCCAUUUGCACCAUCCACAGCCUCCCAUCGAGGUGCUUUUGACUGAUGGUGACCUCAUGUGUAGCAGAGUGGAACUGUGCUCCAUAAGGUUUUCAAUGACUGAUUUUUCAGAAGUAGGUCACCAGAAUUUUCUUUCAGGUGCCUCUGUGUGGACUCGAACCACCAACCUUUUGGUUAGCAGCCAAGCGCUUAACAUAGCUUUGAAUGAUAAAAGCACGAUUUUGUCUAUAUUAUGAUUGUACAUGUCUAAAAUUUAUGCAUCUGAAAAAGAACAAGAAGAAACUUAGAAGAUGGUUUCUUGACAAGGAAUUCUAGAUUUGCUUCUAAAAAUUCUUUUAUAUGUGUUGAAUUAAG